AUGCGCGGGGCCGUGCGCGGGGUCCCGCUGCUGCUGCUGCCGCUGCUGCUGCUGCUGCCCCGGGCCGCCCGCGGGGCCGCGGUGUGCGGGCUCUGCCCGGGGCCGCCGCGGAACGGCUCCCUCGUGUCCCGGUUCUGUGAGUCCCGGCCGGACACCGAGAGCGACGGGCGCUGCUGCCGGGAGCGGGGCCCGGCCCCGGGGCGGCUGCUGGGGCUGGACCUGAGCAACUGCUCCCUGCAGAGCGUUCCCCCAGGACUGGCCGAGGCCGCCGCUGCCAUCGUCCUGGACCUGACUGAGAACCCGCUGACAGCCGUCCCCAGUGCUCCCUUCAGGGGCUUCACCCAGCUGCAGAGCCUCAUGGUACCACCAGCGCUGGAGUGCCCGGGUGGGAGUGACGCCUGGCAGGACGUGACAGUGGACAGGAGCAGCCGACUGUGCCAGGGACAGAGGAACCCCUGCAACAGCUCUGAGCAGCUCGCCUGGCCAUGUCCUGAAAAUUCCGUGUGUGCCCCCGACGGCCCCGGCCUCGUCCAGUGCCUCUGUGAGGGUCCCUUCCAUGGCUACAGGUGCCUGCGAGAGGGCGCGUUCCCGACGCUUCUCUUCGGAGGAAUCCUGGGCACCGCCACCGUGUCGCUGUCGCUGCUGCUGUGGGGCACGCAGCGGAGGAAGGCCAAGAGCCCCUGAGCGGGGCAGGGCGCCGUGCCCAGGCUGGAGGCUCUGGGCACCAAUAAAGCUGCAGGUCCUCGCC